AUGGGUUUUUGUAGACUUCACGGGCCUUGUCAAGCUUACAGUCCUGUAUGCCAUCCCAUUCCCUCCUCCUCUCGUACUCGCUCUGCGCUUCUAAAUUAUAAUAACUGUCCUCUACCACACUCCGUCUGCAUUGCAUGCAACCUGCGGGACAACCACCUCACAGGGCGUCUACCCAAACCUCCCCCCAACAUCCUCCAGUACCAGCUCGACAAUAACUUCUUCGCAUAUCCCUUCUACUCCCCGCCCAACUGCUCCGUCAUCUCCAUCCGCGGAAACUGUGUCCCUCUGUCCAACCUCUCACUCACCUGCCCGGGAGACAAGCAGAGGCAUCCAGAGGUCUGCUCGUCCUUCUGCGGCCUAUCGGCCUCAAAAGCUCCCUGCAAUGACCGCGGGAUAUGCCUUCUUGAGGGCCCCAGCGACGUUCCGGUGUGCGAGUGCCACGGUGGUAAGGUGACCGGGGAGUAUCGGGGUAGUUGCGUGCCUGCGGUGGGUGGGUCGGCGCUGGUAACACACCAGCCUGUGGAGGUGUCGUCUGCGUUGACCACAUCUGGCAGCGCGAGUGUAGACGGUGCGACCAAGUCCUUCACUCUCACGCCCCUGCAGGCGGGCGCGAGUGGAGCCGUGUUUCUCUCGAAUCGAGUGCCGCUCUUCUCCUACCAGCUCAUUGCAGACGGGUGCGGUCGUGAGCUCGCCUUCUCCUCCUCCUUCUCCUUCAAUCUCACCCGUGCGUCUGCCACCGCGAGCGGGACCGAGGGGUUUGCCUUUGUGAUAGCGUUUGACUCCACGGCUCCAGCAGAGGUGGUGGCAGGCAGCAUGGGGUACGCUGGGAUGGCUGCACGCAGCGUGGCAGUGGAGUUUGACACGUGGCAGGAUGGGGGGGGCGGCGGCGGCAGCAGCGGCGGCGGACCUGGCGGGAACCACGUGGGAGUGAACGUGGACGGCAGUGCAGUGUCUGUAGCCACAGCUGCUGCCCCCACGCCGCUCAACGACGGCACUCCAAAAUAUGCCUGGAUCGACUACGACCCCUCCGCUCCUGCUGAUGCCGCUCCUCCUACAGCCACGGCUGCUGCUGCGUCUGCCGCUGCCGGUUCGCUGCGCGUCUUCCUCUCCUCCCGCCCCUCCCCACGCCCGGCCAAGCCUGUGCUGUCAGCGCGCAUCUCCCUGUGCGACGUUCUCCAGCCCACCCGCCUGGAGAGCACGUUUGCGGUGGGCUUCACAGCGGCAUCGGGCAGCCAGGCGCAGAGGCACGCCGUCUCGGCAUGGAACUUCACCACAACGGCGCCACUAGGUCUGCGGCUGAGCGAGGCGGCCAUCACUCCAGCAGCAUCGGGUAUGAACCCCUUCUUCCGCUACGCCAGCUCCGGAAUCGUGCCGCCGCCGCAAGAGGGCAAUGACCACAGGAACCAGUACGACGUGCGCGCCACAUCCACGUGGCUUACCAACGACCUCUUCUGGCCUGUCAAGACGCAGACUGCCUGUGGCGACUGCUGGGCGUACGCGGUGGUGGGCAGCAUAGAAGCCGCCUACAGCAUCAUGGCGAACCUCUCGGUGGCGCCGCAGCUGUCAGCGCUGCAGCUGCGCUCCUCCAUGCGCUCCAACUGCCUCGGCAGCUCGCCCUCCGAGGCCUUCGCCUUCCUCCUCAAAGCCGCCCGCGCCGGGAAGGCACGGACGGCGUCACAGGGCAAGGCAGUGGUCCAGGGGAGGAAUGUCACUGUGAAUCAACAGGAGAGGCGCCUUCUUUACAGGCAUCUCAACAACGGUGGGGGGCACAGCAAGGCGUUGGUUUGGAGGGGGGCCACUGCGAACACAAAGCAGGUGAGGAGUCGGCUGUGCAUGGCUCCGUUUGUUCCGCUUCUCAAGCUGCUUGGGAUUACCUGCGAUGGGAAGGGUGCCACUAAGCAGCAGGCACUGACAGGUGAAUUCUACAUCACCGGAUUCGAGUCCACAGCCUUCCAUGGCUGGUUCGGCUUGCUGCUCGCAGUGCAGCGCCAGCCCGUGGUGGUGCAAAUAGAGGCAACGGCACUGUCUUUUCAAGAAUACGAUGGGCUGUCCAAGUACCAGGACCCAGCGUGCUUCACGUACAACCUGAACCAUGUGGUGCUGCUGGUGGGGUACCACCUGGCAGGCAAGGACUCGCGCUUCCCCCACAUGGCGCCGCCCUUCUGGAUCAUCCGCAACUCAUGGGGGCCUAACUGGGGCGAUGGGGGCCACAUGCGCAUGGACAUCCAGGGGGGAGAUGGCGUGUGCGGCAUCAACACUCUGCCAGGGAUUUAUCCAAUUGUCAGAGAGCAAGAAGAAAAUAUCAUUAGCGACUUCAACACUUCAUCUUGCUUCUCACCUCUCAUCAGCACCUUUCUUCGUGUCCCCUCCCCCACUGCAUUUUCUCCCCCACUGCAUUUUCUCCCCCACUGCAUUCUCUCCCCCACUGCAUUUUCUCCCCCACUGCAUUCUCUCCCCCACUGCAUUUUCUCCCCAAUCCUCCUCUGCUUGUCACCAGCGGUGUCGGACCCGUGCAACACAGCAGCCAGGAGCGACAUCUCAGGGUCGCUGCUCAACCCGUGCGGCAGCUUCAACUGUGUUGUGGACGGCAGCUCCAACCGCUGCAACUGCACAGACCCCCGGUUCAUUGAAGCUACUAAUGCUGAUGGCUCCCGUACCUGCGCCUAUGGUAUGAUGGCUCCCGUACCUGCGCCUAUGGUAUGA